CGCGCGUCGGGACCUGAAAACCGGAGUAGAGGCACCGGAUUAAAUCUCACCAACUCUUUAUAGAAUCACAGAAAGUCAUAAGUACUGUGUAUAAUUAAUAUACAUCAACAAGGUUUAUAUAUGCGGGUGGACUGUAAUUACAUUCUUCUGAUGCUAAUGACAGAAAUUUAAAUCAGCGCAUUCAUAAGGCGAGUCUUUCCAGAGUGCCAGAUGAACUUUCCCUCUGAUGGAUGACAAGACGGGCACUCCCUUAUCAUCUGUCCUUUUAAAAGCGGACCAGUCAUUGAAGGGGUGAAAACCAAAGACGUUUGUAGGCUUAAGCACACACCAGAAUGGAAGUUGAGGAUUACUGCAGUAAAAUCAGGGAUUACCGUCCUGUGACUCCCAUUAAAGACAGUGUGAAAGGGCCUCCCUCAAGCCUUGCUGAGCUCUGUGAGCUAAUCCAUCGGCGGAUCUGCGUCAGGCAGGAUAUUCCAACGGUGUCAACUGAAUUUCAGAAAGCUUUUGGAGGCAUAAUUUUAGCUGAAAUAAAAAUGCUUUGGCAGGAUAUUAACCAGUUUGCUCCUGAUCCAUUUUUGAGCUCUGCAGAGAAUAAUGAACUUCAAAUCCGCAUUAUUACGCACAUCAUUUUGGUAUGCGAAAAGCUUUUUCUUCACUAUCUACAUUUGAUGGAUGUACUUAGAAAGCGCAGUGUCUUCUCUGAUGAAGCUAAUUUCAGUCGGCUUGGAGCAGAGCUUUCCAUCGAUUGUACCAAGCUCUUAAAUGUUAAUGCCAUCAGACGAAAUAUUAUUUUGGAUAUUAAAGCCACGCGGAAGAAUGUGAAUUUUGUUGAGAAUCUACAGCAGCCACAGAGUUUCAAUGAGCCGUUGAAGUCCACCAUACAUAAAACCAGUCAGAAAUUGCAGAGAAGUCUGAUACCACACCUUACAUUUGAGCAACUGAUGAGCCUCAGUCGACAGGCAGUGCGCCAACCAAAAGAAUCCUCGAUUGAAAAAGACCUCAAGGAGAUAAAGAAGAAAAUGCCAAAUCUGGAUUUUAAAAGGCUGUACAAAUUAUUGCCUUGUCAAGAAGAUGCUCAGGAAGGACACCCGACUCCUUGUGUUGCAGUACGAAGUCCUGCACCUCCUCUACAAACUGCAAAGGAGCUGGAUUAUCUUAAUAACAAAAAAAGUGACCAUCCAUCUCAACUAAAGCGUUCACAGUCAAUGCCUAACCUUCAUGGAAAAUUACUUACUGAAAUAUUGGGAGUUAAUUUAGAAGAACAUCGCCCGCAAACUCCACUUCUUGUUAGUCAGUAUUCAUGUCAAGAGAUAAAGGAACAGAAUGAAAUACAAAUCUCUGCAGACGAAGACCUUCAAAGAUUGCUGCAGAUCUAUGACUUAUCAGUAAAGGAUGCCGAAAACACUGAAGACGAAACAGACCUUCCUCCUUUGGUUAAAAGUUUACCAUACAGAAAUGAUGUAAGGUUUAAGCAACUACAGAAGCAUCUUGAGAAAUUAAAACUGGAGGAGAAGAAGGAAGAAGCUAAGGAACAAAUGAAAAAUAUGCCAUCCACAAAGCCAGAGCAUCCCCAGGCUGCUACAGUUGCAGUAACCCUGAAGAAUAAAUCUGUGGCAAGGACAGCGGAUGUUCAAGUGUCUGACCGAGUCUUGAUGGACACCAUUCAACUGCAGAAAUAUCCACCUCUUUACAAUGAUUUAACUGGAGAGAUUGAACAGUCAACCGUGCAAUGGAUGGAUCGAAAUCUUUUCUAUGGGCAAGAAAUUACCGAAGUCUACAAAGAAUUAAUUAGAAAUAUUCCUGCUAAGCACCUGCUGUUUGACCAGGAUCCUUUAAUACAACCCUGUGCUAAGAGUGUAAAUUUUUCAAAAUGCCAAGCAUCGUCAACCUUACAAAAGAGCAGAAAAAACUGGAUCAUUAACCCUGAUCUGAGAACAGAUUCCCAGAGUCAGUGGUGCAGAAGGAAAAAUGACAGUGACUACCAAAAACCAGAGGAUACUUCAUCUCGUGCUUAUACAUCUUGGCUGCAGUGGUGGAAAUCCAAUAUCAACACAGACGAUUACCUGAAAUACAUCUCAACCAAGGAUUCAGAUUAUCUUGGAGUAGUUUUUCACUUUUACAACAGUGAUGACAGUGAUGAUGAAGAAGAUGAAAUCCAAAAAAAGAUUAAUGCCGAACUAAAGCAAAAAGAAAUGGAAUACAAGGAGAAGAUUAAUAACCUACUUACAAAAAAACAGGAGUUUGUGUCUGGAUUGUGGAAUAUAAACUGUGUUAUGCUUGGCGGCCUGGGUAAAGAUCCAACUCUAAAAGAUGGAGAAGAUGAAUUCUUGGAAAGCAUGGAAAGCCCAAAAGAAGCAAUUGCAGCUGAACACGUCUAUCCAGUAACAGCAGUCAGGCCAGAUAAUAAGGAAUUGCAGAACAGGCUGGAACAAAUAUGGAAAGCACUUCACUUCUCAGACAAAGAGAGACUGGAUAUGGCCAUAAAAUAUAGCUCAAGCCGCUUUAAAGAAGACUUGGAAGCAGCAACCACUGCUUGGGAAGAAGCUGUGAGAUUAAUCCAGCAGAGGGAAUUGCUGCUCGACAAGCUAGAACAAUUUGAACGAGAUGCUUCUGAUCCUAACAGAUUUUUUGGACAAGGUUAUCGAGGCACAUCAACUGCUAGAAUGAAUGAAUCUAAAAAAAGAGCAAGCCUGUCAUCUAAGAUAAAAGAUGUCGAGGCUUUGCUGUCCAGAGCAUUAGAUGAUACCAAAACUCAGUUUAAUGACAUUGUUACUUACAAGGGUCGCCCCUAUGUUGAAAAGAUGCGGUGGGAUAAAAUUGAAAUGCUUUACUGGUUGCAGCAGGAGCGGCGGACUCUGGCACUUGAGAAAGUAUUGAGCAACAGCGGUGGUCUAAUUUCAAAGUUAACUCCCCUUCAUUUGCCUCCAGUACCUUUCACAAAAGAAUGACAAUUUUGCAGAAUCUUGAAAUACUAAUUAACAUGCGACAGAUAUUUGUGAAAACACUGAGCUGACAACAACACACUUUGAACAACUAGGCAUUUAACAGGAAAAAACAAAUUGAAAGAACUUUAAAAGUCAUGGAGUUGUGAAUUUGAUUCAUUCAUGUUAUCCUGUGUGGCUGACUUGUUUAAAGUAUGAAUUAAACCCCGUUGCAGAAGUGGACCUCAGGCUCAGAAGCUCAGCCCUAGACUGAAAUACCACCUCAUACCCAUUCUGGAUCGCAGGACUGGGUGUACAUGUAGAUAAACGAAUAGCUGAACAGCAAGCAAACAAAGUCUUUUUGUAUGAUAUGUUUAUUUCUCAGAUGUUGUAAAUUUCCUUUUAAAUAAUCAUAUGAAUCUUGUAAAUAUUGUAAUAUGAAUGUCAACAAUGAGUGUUACUAUACUGUACAAUAUAAAACUUCCUUGUUGAGAAUCUUUUCAUGUACUGCUCUGACUACUGCAUCGCCAAAGGUUUUCUAGCAAGCCUUUUAAAUCAGAAGCAAGUAAAUUUGAAAUAACUAAACAAAUGUAAUAUCCUGCAAAAAGCAUUUUGAUUAAAUAAUUUUAUUUGUUAACGAAUUAUUCAACAGGGAAAAAAAAACAGCAGGUUAAAUAGUUUGCCUUUCUAAGAUAUGGAUCACUAAUCAAUUUUAAUUAAUGUAAUAAAUGUGAACUGACUAUACAGGGGCAUAUUUAUAUUACUAAAUGUGCAUGUUUUCCACAGUGCUUCUAAGCAAAUACCAUGAGCAGUCUACCCUCCAAGAACCCAUCUCAGCUGUUGGCACAGUGGUUCUAAAAGUUUCAUCUACAGAUCAAGUGUGAGUCAAAUAGCCCACAAGCUGACUAUCAUCAUAAGUAAGCUUUGAGCCAUUUAUUAGUCUAUUAU